AUGCUAACGUCGAUUUGUGUGCUCGCAACACAUUCUCUUACGGGCAAACCGUCACCGGCAUUUCCUAAUAAGCCAGCAAAGAAACAAUUGGAUCCUGCGCUUGUGAGCGACAUCGUACAAACUGUUGUUGAUCAUUGUCGUGUGCCAGAGAGUGUUGUUAGGACAAGUAUAACGACUAAAUGCGCCGAUGAAAGCAAGAUGUUUCGCAAUAGUUUUAGAAAAAAUAAAAGUAGUUCUGCUAAAAUUAAUCAGGAGAAUAUUCCACCGUUAAUCAGCAAAUCGGAAGAAUCGAAAGGAUCUUAUCUAUCCACGUGA